UAGCCGUACAACUAAGUUCUCCUUUAGGAUUACUGAAUGGUAAAGGUGCUUUUCUGGGACGUUUAUUGAUAGUUACACGUGAGCAUGAUGAAGCACACUUACAUCAGGAAUGGUAUAAGACUUUGUCUCGAGGGAAGACGCUGGAUAUUUUCCUUGUAAAUCUGGAAUGUUGACAUUAACUGAAAUCAUUAUAAUGGUUGUAGUAGCAGCUCUGUUUGGGUGUUACGUUGUAACAUCAAUUAUUUUAUUAAAAUAUCCACAUAUUUUACAUAAGAAAAAGAAUGUAAAAUUUCGACCAAGACACAUCAGCCACAGAGGGGGUGCUGGUGAAAAUUUGGAAAAUACCAUGACUGCUUUCCGUUUUGCAUCUGACCUUGGUACAGAGAUGUUGGAAAUUGACUGCCACAUCACCAAGGAUGGUCAGGUGGUUGUGUCACAUGACAAUUCUCUUAAAAGAUCAUGUGGUGUGGAAGGGGAGAUAAUCGACUACGAUUACAAGGAUUUGCCGCCGAUCCAGGGCAUGCUGUCCUUGGACUUCAUGAGUAGUUUCCAGAUCCAUGGUGGAUCGGACAGACAAAUCCCACUGUUAAGAGAUGUAUUCCAAGCCUUUCCUACCAUGCCUAUCAAUGUAGACAUCAAGAUCAAUAAUGAUGACCUCAUCAGCAAGGUGAAUGAUUUGAUUCUGGAAUUUGACCGUGAGUCUCUCACAGCUUGGGGUAAUAGAAGUUCUGAAGUAACCAGUAAACUGUACAAAAAGAACCCCGAUGUGCCUUUGAUAUUCUCCAUGCAGCGUGUAUUGUUAUUACUUCUAACAUUCUAUACUGGAAUAUUGCCAUUCCUACCUCUAAAAGAAUCCCUCUUUGAGGUUCUGAUGCCUGGAGCCCUUCUGAGUGGCGAUAAAUUCAACAGGCCUUUGAACAGAAAAAUGAGGUUUCUUCUGAAGUUGGCCGAUAUACUUAUGAUGAGGCCCACAUUACUGCAGCACUUAGAAAGAAGAGGCAUCCAGACUUAUUUAUGGGUGCUGAAUUCAGAGGAGGAAUUUGAGCGAGCAUUCAAACUUGGGUCCACCGGAGUCAUGACAGACUUCCCAACAUUACUGAAGGACUUCCUGGAUAAAAACUACCCUGAGCUUCAGAAGGAAAAAGGUUACCAGAGUGUAGAAACCAUGUGAUGCUGUCAGAAAAUAUGUGAUUCUGUCAGAAACCGGGUGAUGACGUCAGAGACCAUGUGAUGACGUCAGAGAUCAUGUGAUGACGUCAGAGAUCAUGUGAUGAUGUCAGAGAUCAUGUGAUGACGUCAGAGAUCAUGUGAUGAUGUCAGAGAUCAUGUGAUGAUGUCAGAGAUCAUGUGAUGAUGUCAGAGAUCAUGUGAUGACAUCAGAGAUCAUGUGAUGAUGGCAGAGACCAUGUGAUGGAGUCAGCGAUCAUAUGAUGAUGUGGCCUUUCCUAGUCAGCUAUUGCCUUCACUUUUGGUUCUUUUUUAGUCUUUCAAUUAGUGAGUUUUAUCAGGUUAAUGUUGAGAGGAACAGGCGUUGUGACAAUUUGUGACUCUAUGUUUAGUCUGUUAACAAAAUCCAUGUGCUUAAGUAACAUAUGUGCUUGGUGACGUCACCUGCUCUUGAUAAGCUUACAAACAGUAGGCUCCACAAAAAGUCGUAAACAGGGUUAUUUGUUUGCUGAUAUCAGAUAUUGUGCAGUGUCUGUUUAACACAGAAAUAAUGCACCAAUUAUAUCAAUUAUAUACAUGUAUGUAUAUAUAUCAUAUUAAAGUUUGAAUACUGAAACUAACAUGUUAAAAUCAAAACAAAUUUGGUACAGUCAUUUCAAUAAUAUUUUUAAGAUAUUUAAUUUUUUGUAAAUUUAUUAUGCCUCUUUGUAAUGGCACAAUGAUAUUUAAAGGUUGAAGAGAGAGGUUGGGGAAUUUUUAAGUAGCUGUAGCAUUCACUGCAUGCUUCCGGUGAAUCAUGUUUUUGUAUGUAGUUUUUUUCAUUUACGGUACUAAUUUUAUAUGUGAUGAUGUUGUAUUGAGUGCUGAUAUUAAAUUUUAUUAUCUAUUGUC